AGCCGAUUGGUCCACUUCCGGGAUUAUCCAUAUUUGGAUACCCAAUAUCCCGGAUGUACAAUUUUGGGGUUGCUGAGGACAGGGAUCGAUUUCUGGUCGUAGGGUAGAAAACCGCAGAAAAUUAGCCAAAAUGGGGAAUGAAUCGUCCCUUCCAGAAAUGUGCACACAUUUUGACCCGGAGGAAAUCCGCAGGUUAGGGAAGCGGUUUAAGAAGCUGGACCUGGACAACUCGGGGUCCCUGUCGGUGGAAGAGUUCAUGUCGUUACCAGAGCUGCAGCAGAACCCACUGGUCCAACGGGUUAUUGACAUUUUCGACCAAGACGGCAAUGGAGAGGUGGACUUUAAAGAGUUUAUAGAGGGCAUGUCGCAGUUUAGUGUGAAAGGCGACAAGCAGUCAAAACUCAGAUUUGCCUUUAAGAUUUAUGACAUGGACAAAGACGGCUACAUCUCCAAUGGGGAGCUGUUCCAGGUGCUGAAGAUGAUGGUGGGCAGCAACCUGAAGGACACACAGCUGCAGCAGAUCGUCGACAAAACCAUCAUCAAUGCAGACAAGGACGGCGACGGGAAGAUUUCUUUUGAAGAAUUUUGUGAAGUUGUUGGAAGUAUGGAUAUCCACAAGAAGAUGGUGGUGGAGGUGUAAUACUCCACAGUUUAUGUUCAGCUCUUUCAACCACUAUACUCACUUUGUGUAACUCUCAACUUUGUACACUAUUUUGUCAUCCUUGCAACUGGUGUCAUUAAGAUCCUGUAAGCUUUACGUUUCUGUUGUACAUGGCAUUUGGUACGUGUUAUUGUUGCUGCAUAAUUUAUGUUAUCCAAUCUGGGGAGGCCACCAAGACUGCAUUGAUGAUAAGGAAAUGUCUCAGGUUGAAAUCUCACAGGAAGUCAAAGAUUUAGCAACAAUUUGUGCUAGUAGGAAAAGUUCAAAAUGAGGUAGUAAGGAUGGGUAUGAUGUCUGGAUACCUUCAGACCAAAGUUUAAAGCAAUACCUUUACAUGUCUUGCCGAGCUUUGUAUGAUUGGGUGCUAGGGUGGGAAAACUGACUUAUAGCUCUCAUAAGGUUAGCUUUUAUUCACCAUCCUGUGACAUACAAUUGACUUGAUAUCAAUGCUGUUUUCUGUCAUGGAGAAACUACUUUGAUAUCAAGGCUAUUUUCUGUCAGCAGCAAACUUCAACCUUAUCCUGUGCUACAUGCCAAUGCUCUAGAGGCUGCUUGGGACUACUACAUGACAACUGACGAUUGGUAUCUGAAUCCAAAUAUGUCCACAAAUGAACAACCACAUGGCUGACUAUCUUAUGAUCUGGAGCUUGGCAUGUUUGCUUGGGGUAACUGGACUUGUUUCAAAAGUCGUCAACAAUCAUAAAUCAACAGUCUUAAACUCCAUGUAGUGGUUGCACCAUAAAUACAAAUUUGUACCUUGUAGAUUUACUAGUCAGCAAAUAUUUUCUUUGUGAAAUCAUUUCCAGUAGUCAAUUACUGAGUGCCAAGUAGAUUAUGCUGGCUACAAAGAAAAAUGUUUUACCGAAGAAAUGUAGGAGGGCACAGGAGAAGGAUGAAUGUUGCGUACCUCAUUAUAGCAAAAUUUUACUUUGCUCUGGAAAAUGCAUAAUAUUAUCUACAAUUGUGAAUAGCACCAGUAUUAACUUUUGAAAACUACUUCUUGUUAGAUUUCUUCCACAAACGUUUUUCUACCACCAUCUGUGGACAUCCAGUAGUUCCAAUGUCACGAGAGAAUCUGGGUAACUACCAGACAGUUCAGUGGACAUGAUGCAUACAUUACGUCAGUAUCAAUGAGGAUAGCUAUGCUGUGUCGUGAGACAAAUUUUAUAGAAUGUAUUACGUAUUUUAACAUACCUAAAAGAUGAUGUUGCUGAAACGCUCAAAUUUGCAUUUUCAAUUCCUAAGACAUAUCCCUCAAAAAGUGAGCACUACAUGAAAUCACCAUUUUUGUAUAUACUAAUACAAAAAGACAAUAACUUAGUUUGUAAAUUUCCUUUGGUCAUUUGUCAGGCUUGUGAAGGAAGUAUUCUUUUUUCUGUUGAGUUCAGUAUUGUGGAAUGUUAUGAGUAGUUUUUGGUGGUGGAGGGUAUUUCUGAACUUAAUAUUAACUUUGUGGUUAGUGUAAUGUUUGUAUAUAUUGUGCGUGUUGGUGCCGCUGUCCUGUAUAACCUAGAAACUGUCCUCCCAAGUAUGCUGACAACUUUAAUAGCAGUUGAAACCUCUUUUGCCAUGGGUUGUUUAUACAGAAAAAAUGGACUGAAGCAGUGACUGAACCAGAAGGAUGUGUUUCUACAUCCAAACAGGUUUUACACAAGGCAAAAGUGGAAUUCAUGGACUUGUCUUAAUCUUCUUCUAUUGGACUGGUAUCCAUAAUUCAUGCAUGCCAGAUAAGCAAUUUGGAAAUUAUCUGAUUGUUAAAGAUGUAGCCUUGUCAGGAUUCAUUUUCAGUGUCGGUAUAGGCUGCAUGAAAGAAACAAGCAUCAGAUUUUGCGAAGAUCCAGGUGUUUGUUCAUCUCAGUGGUAAACAGGCCCAUCAAACAUGUAGGGCAAGUUUACUUGUCUCUUUAGCUUGAAGGUUGACACACCAUGGUCAACAUAGCUAGAUGCUAGAUGCUAGACUGGAUGUUAAACAAGAAGACAUUUUUACUAAGAUCAGACGUCCCUGAAUUCCAGCUUUGUCAAACCAAGGAGCUUUGAUGUAACCCUUGGUCAAACAGGAAAGAUCAUCUUGAUCAGAGCAGGGGUGGUGCCAGGGUUGACAGGAGAAAAUGGUAUAUGUAGUCAUGCUUGCAUGCUUCAAAUUAGGGGCAAGAGAAGAGAAUAUUGAUUAAUGAACAAAUAAUUGUAAUACUUUAAUUCUAAUACAAAAAAAAAGUAAAGUGAUUGGUCUGGUCAA